GUGAUACUUUUUAACUAUUACAUACAAAUUUUGAAAAUAUGCCAAUACACUUUAAAAUGAAAAAUCGUAAAACUAAUUUAUAUUUCAUUAUUUUGUUUAAUAAAGACUUCUUGUUUAAAUAACUCCUAAAAAUUAUUAAGUUUUGAAAAAUAUAUGUUUUCGACUCAGGUUUUUGGUUAAAUUCGGUGAGUGGGAGGAGGCUCCUUCACGACGGGAUAUACAAGAUGCUUGGUUCCAUAGUCCGUCGCUCCGUGAGAGGACUCCACCCCGUGCGCCCUUACACAACUGUCACUGGUUCCAAGAAUAUAAAUGGGACUCUGAACGCGAAAUUUAUCUUGUUCGAGGAUUCUGGGCACCGCCCGGUUUUCGAAACCCUUUAUGGGUACCCGGACAAUUGCCAAUACUACCACUACGCGAAGGAAAAUGGUUGGGUGCAGAGACUAAUGUCGUACGAUUGGAGUCUAGUACCCAACGAUGGGAGAGAAAGAGUCUCGGGGUGCUUAUUGGUUUAUCAAACCAAUCUAGGCACCUAUCACCAACUAGAGUAUAGGUGGAUACACGGAGCUCCCUAG